GUAUAAGUAUUUAUUGCAUACUCUGUGUAUGUGUGAGUAUUCAGUAAUUUACCUACGUAUCGUAUCGUGUACGUGUACAAAUAACAUUUGUUAUUUUUGAUACCUCAAAUCAGUUUACUAAAUUUUGAAUGAAAAUGUAAAAAAUGAUACGUGUCCAAAUAAUUACUAAAACGGAUAGAAUUGCAUCAUAGCUUUUAGGAACAAACCAUAUUCAUCAGAGCGUCCGACGUUUUUGCAUUGCAAGCAAAUACUAAUAGUACUUACAUAUUUAAUUUUUAAACAUUCGAAAAUAAAAAUGAAUAUAAGUAGGAGUGAAAUUAGAUUUAUAACAUACGCGAGUGGAAUAUUUGUUUGCUACUUCAUAUAUGGGAUGCUACAAGAGAAGAUAACUAGGGGGAAUUAUGGUAAUAAUGAUAAGUUUACAUGCACACUAUCCCUUGUGUUAGUACAAUGUGUUGUAAACUUCAUUUUUGCCCAGAUAUUAAUGUUAUCAUGGAAACAUGAAAAGGACACUACAAGAAAAAUUUAUUACUUUUCCUCAUCUGUUACUUUCUUAUUAGGCAUGGUCAGUUCUAACAUGGCUCUGCAGUGGAUUAAUUACCCCACACAGGUGGUCGGUAAAGCAGCAAAGCCAAUUCCAGUUCUGAUACUUGGUGUGCUUCUUGGGAAAAAAGUAUACCCCCUUAGAAAGUACUUUUUCGUUCUACUCAUUGUGCUGGGCGUGGUACUCUUUAUGUUUAAAGAUAAAGCUAAGAAGGUCACUGAAGAAUCGCAGAGUCUAGGUAUUGGGGAACUGUUGCUGUUUCUAUCGCUAACCAUGGAUGGACUGACAGGUGCUGUACAGGAGCGUAUUAAGACGGAAUCAUCUCCAACUGCUUAUGCUAUGAUGUGGAAUACAAAUUGGUGGUCCUCCAUUAUCCUGGCUAUUGGAGUGGUGAUAACAGGAGAAUGUUUCAAGUUUUUAGCCUUUGUGAAUCAAUACCCUGAAGUGUUGAUAUAUUUGACAGGGUUUGCUUUGAUGGGUGCGCUGGGACAACUGUUUAUAUUCUUUAUGGUUUCCGAGUUCGGACCAUUACCAUGCUCCGUGGUUACUACAACAAGGAAAUUUUUUACAGUCUUAGCAUCCGUCAUCAUUUUUGGCAACGUAUUAUUCUUCAGGCAGUGGAUUGGUGCAAUUCUGGUCUUUUCUGGUUUGUUUUUGGAUAUCUUCUACAGCAAGGGAAAAACCCAACCAAAAAGGGUAGCAAAUAAGUGACCUUAUUUGACUAAUUUGUUUUAACGACCAAAGAACAAUGGCAGAUUAAUGGUUAAUAACAAUUUUAAUGUCUAGUAUUUUGUUAAAUAUAAAAUGGGUUUAUUUAUUUUAUUAUGCUUUUAGUUAGAGAAGAAAGCGUUUAUAUUUAUGAAUAACCAAUGACUAUAUUCAAUAAAUUUAUUGGAAUUGAAUUUAAAUUCAAUAUAUAUAUUGGAAUAUCAUCAAGUAAGCACUAAUAGCGUGGCUGAUUCUCCGUGUGAUGUGUCUCCGUUAAAUAUCUGUUUAUGUAGGCCUCAACAUUUUUUUGACAAACAUAUUCAGAGACUAACGCUAAACGUAAGAAACAUCAUGAGAUAUUUCGAGAUAAGACGAUACGAUUUCUUCUCAACAAAUUUCCUGUUUGAAAGUCUGCCAUUGUUCUUAUUAGAAAAUUUUAUUGGAAAUUUUAUGUAUGGACUGUUUAUUUACAUUAUACUUGUUUUUUUUUUUUUAAAAAUCGGAUUUUAUAAUAAAAUAUUCUAGCGAAUGUAUAACGUAUAUGCUUACGGCGUUUUUAUUAUAUAGCCGUAAGACAAGUUUUAAUCAAACUUUUUCCUGUGAGACUUCUUUUAGCGAUAUAAAAUAUUGUAUAUCCUCCUUUUCGAAAUUAUUCAUUAUGGGUUAUUAGAGAUUUAAAAUUAAAAAAUACAUGUAAAUCUAUAUAAGUACUUGUAGUCUGAGCACAAAUGCUUUUUUGUAUUGUUCAAUGUUAUUUACUAUUUCUUAUACAACGGCAAUGUGAUACGAAACUCUUUAUUAGUUUAACAUUAAAAUAUUUUUUACUGUGUGAUUUUUGAGAAAACGAAUGAUAUUUUGUACGGUUUGACAAAAAAAAAAAUAUUAUGCAUUUAUUAUGAGAGCAACACAAGUUGUAUGUAUACUUUUAAGUAGGAUUUUGUUACCAUUAUAAAAAAUAUGUUACAUAAAUAUUUAUACACUAUUGUAGUGGAUUUAUCGCAAUCGUAGAUGGGUUUGUAUUAACUAAGAAAUAUAUGUAAUAGAUAAUAUUGAACUUAAAUAAAAUUUAAGGUGUGACCAUUAAGUUGUAGCCACUUGAAAAUAUCAUUUAAUUGAUUCUAAUUAAUAGACAAUGGAAUUUAAAUUAUUUAUUUUUUAACAGUAUAAAAUAUUAAGUAGAAUAACAAAAGGCCAACAUUAUAUGUGUAUAUGAAAAUUAAAAAUGUCGCGUAAUUUUAAUUAUAACUAGCUAUAAGUUUUAGAAAACAUAUUUUUGUACAUUUUAAAUCAAUUUACUUUAUGCUACGUGUAACUUCAUAUAAAAGCAAAUAACAGUUAAUACAUAAGACCUAUCUUUAAACAAGUUAAUAAUAAAUUGAUGUUGCAUA